AUGGAGGCUGUUUGGGGUCUGUUGGCAUGUGUCUUUAUGGCUUUAAGAGUUGGCAGUAAAGAGAUCCCUGAUGACGAUUUCUUGGAAAGUAUCAAUAAUAAAGUGGAAGACCCGUACAACUACAUCUUCUCCAAUUUCUUGAAGUUUGAUAGGGGUCCAGUCGAUGACACCUUUCUAUCCAAGGACGAAAUGGAUAUGGCACACGUUGGAAAUACUAAAGAUUCACCAAGUAAAAGUAGGUCAGAGGACGAAACUAACGGUGAUAGCGUGAUUCCAGAGAUAGAAGAAUCAAGAGAAAAUAAAACUGACGACAUCGACACAUUGAUUGACGGUCUGGGGUACCUCAGGGAAGAUGGAUCAGAAUACAGUAGUGAUUACGGAGAUAGUAUCCGUGAUGAGGAUGAUGACAAUAACGAUGAUGAUGGGAUUAACAGGGAAAAGGAAGGUGGAAACACAGAGAAGACAGACAACACAAACAGGACAGAAGUUAUGGGCAUCCGUUUUCUCCCUCUACGAUUCGACAUGAAAUUUCCAAAAUAUCUGUACAAAGAAUCAGUUGGCUUCAACAAAGGGCUGGAUUUCUUCACUGAAAACAAGCAUUCCUUACCAGAUAAAAAGAACGAUGAUUUUAUCAACACACCCAAAGCAGUUCCGGGGCGUUCCAAACGUUCAGUGCAUCCACUCUUUUCCCGCUACGAACAUUACUGGACAUGGCACUAUCCCUAUCGCAUCUAUGCCCCAUACCAUCGUUCAUUAGAUUCAGUUGCGUCGGGACUCAUCGGCAAACGCGCACCGGCAAGCUACCCGAAAGACGGUGUACAUCCAUGUUUAAAGGAUGAACAGCGGAUGAUUUUGGACUGCGUGCUUGAUAAAAAAGACUGUGUCGCCGUGUUACCAACAGGUUUUGGAAAAUCGCUCCCAUUUCAAGCGUAUUUGCCAGUGAAGAGAGCUUUACUCCGUGAUGAUAGCUUCGGGAAAGUAAUUGUUUGCUGUCCUCUGGUGUCUCUUAUGCAAGACCAAGUCAGAAAAUUAACUUCCAUAGGAUUAGUAACUGCUGCUUUUAAAGGCACAGACAAGGAGACCGAUGAAUUGAUACAGGCAGGGAAAGUAGACAUCAUCUAUGCAUCCCCCGAGCCAUUAGUUGGAGACAGCCAAUGGAGAUCAACAAUACAAAGACUUAAUGUAACUGUCAUCGUAGUUGAUGAAUUCCACACAGUUGUCACAUGGGGUGGUCUAGAAGCAGAUAAGGAGGAUAAAGUGUUCCGAAAGUGGUUUCGGCGUGUUGGAGAGAUCCGAUCGUACUUUCCUGAGGCAUCAUUAUUAGCACUAAGCGCGACUUGCACAAAGACAAUUAAAAAGAGGGUGAUAGAAGUUUUGGGACUGAAGGACUACACGAACAUUACAGUUUCCCUAAAUAAAGAAAACAUCAAGUACAUUGUGAAGAAAGUAGACCCUAACAUUGAAAGUUCUUUGUUGUGGAUUUUGGACUCAUUUCGAGAUUUAAAAAAGGAGUUCCCACGGACAAUAUUUUAUUGCAACUCAAUAAGAGAUGUUGGGCGUGUGUACAACUUCAUAGUGUCUGAACUAUCAGAUGUUACUAACAUUGAAAACAUGGUUGAAAUGUUUCAUUCUGAAACAACAGAAGAUAAAAAAAAGAAAACCCUUGAAAAAUUGACUGAGGACAGUGUUUUGCGCAUUAUUGUUGCUACCAGUGCACUGGGAAUGGGUGUAAAUGUUUAUGCAUGUCACAAUGUUAUAAUUUAUGGACCUCCUAGGUGUUUGAUAGACUUUGUCCAGGAAACAGGGCGAGUGGGAAGGGAUGGGGAACAAUCAUGUGCCUUUUUGAUGUAUUAUGGUCAACAACUACGGAAUGUUGACCAGGACGUCAAAGACUUCCUCACUUCAACUGAUUGCCGAAGAUUGCAACUGCUCAAGACAUUUCUUUCGGAGAGCGAGUUAAAGCUGGUACAAGGUACCAGAAUACAUACUUGUUGUGACAUUUGUGAUACAGGAUGUUCCUGUAAUUCAUGUUCUUCGACAAUUUUAGAAAAAUAUAUGACAAAUCUGUCUUUAGAUGAUGUACAUGUAAUGGAAACCUCAAGCAGUGACAGUGAUACUGUAUCAUAUGAGUAUGAAUCUGAUGAGGAUCUUGAUGAGAUUAAAUCAACUUAAGGUUCAAAUUUACACAAAACUUGUUAGUGUUUAUUUUUUAAGUAAAAAUUGUAUUGUUUACAGUUUCAUAACAAUGCAACAGUUAUCUAAUGAUCAGAUACAAAACUGUUUUAUCAGUCUCUAAAAGACAAUGUCCUGUUUUCUUCUGCAUGAUACUAAUUAUAAUUAUGUGUACCAGAAUGAAUUGAAGCAUAUAUAAAUUACAGAGUAAUGUUGGGAUUUGUGAAGAAACAGUAAACAACACAUUUUUUCUGGGACCCGUUUUCUUUGGGUUGAUCAAGUCUGGGGCAAAAAUGGUAACAAUUGGCAUUGUAGUUUUUAAGAAGUAGUUACAAAUGUAAAAUUGUUAAUGGAUGACGCACGACGACAAACAAAGACCAACAGCAAUGAGUAAUCAAAAUUUGAUUUUUUUUUUUUUUUUAAAAAUAUGGCCAACACCAAGUUGGAUCUUCAAAUAUUGUAAGUUAUCAAAGAUGUUAUUGAUUAAAUCCAUGUUUAUUCCAUUUGAAAAUUUAAUUACUGUACAUUGUAUAUGUGUGCAUGUACAUUGGACAAGUCUUGGCGAUAAUCCUCCAUAAUAUUUAAUUUGAUUUUAUGUCUCAUGUACCAGGUAGAUAAACAAUCACAUCAU